GUGCGCAUGCGGCUGAACGUGACCAGGAUGGCCCCCGCGGACUUCGGCCAGUACAAGUGCUUCGCCAAGAACAGCAUGGGGCUGGUGGUGGGCGACUUCCACGUCAAUGAGCGCGACCCGCGGCUCGCCACGCCACCACCGCUGCAGGGCGGGCGCACGUCGGGAGCCUCGUUCGGCACCCACUCGCCGCGGCUGCAGUCCGAGGAGGACCUCUGCCCCCCGCAGCCGCAGUGCCCCGAGUGCCCCGCCAACCACACGGCGGGCGGCGUCACGGAGCUGCGCUGUCACAGCUCGGGCUACGACUGGAGCCGCAACCUGCACUCCGAGGGCCUGGAGCUGCCCAACAAGGCUAGCUGGGUCGGCUACCCCCGCAACCGGUCGCUCAACUGCAAGCUGUACGCCGUGGGCAAGGCGGUGUACAUGGGCUCCACGUCGGCGGUGCUCAGCUCGUGGAUGCGGGACGCCCUGCCCGUCACCGAGGCCGCCGCCGAGCAGUUCUGGUCCACCAAGCCGACGGCCGACUCGGUGCUGUACGAGUACGUCAACAAGACGGCCUUCCGCGGCCCGCACCCCACCAGAGAGAUCAAGCUUCCGCAGCCCUUCCAGGGCAACUCGCACGUCGUCUACAACAACAAGUUCUUCUACGCGUCCACGACCGGCCGCAUGGUGCGCCUCGACCUGCAGAAGAACGACUGGAAGGACAUGGAGGUGCCCUACCUGGGCGGCCGCCUCUACAAGAACAGGCUCAACGUCAUGGACUUCAACGUGGACGACAACGGCCUCUGGGUCAUCUACAACCUCAAGGACUCGAACAACACGGUGGUCAUGAAGGUGGAGCCUUUCGAAGCGGAACUGCACGCGCAGUACGCGUGGAACAUCAGCAUCAACAACCACCUCGUCGGCGAGAUGUUCAUCGUGUGCGGCGUCCUGUACGUGGUGGACAGCGUGGAGGAGAACACCAACAUCAGGUUCGCCCUCGACCUGUACAACAACAGGGUGCUCAAGGACGUGGACCUGCCGUUCACCAACCCGUUCUUCAAUACCACCAUGCUGGGGUACAGCCACCGGCACAAGGAGCUGUACUCUUACGACAAAGGCAACCAGCUGACGUACCCGGUGCGCUACCACGUGAUCGACGACGACAAGGCCGGCAAGGAGGACAAAGGGGAGCCCGAAGCCAGCGCGCGCGUGGAGACGGGCGUGGACGUGGACUCGUGACAUUAAACGAAACGGGGGAGAGAAAAAAAAAA